GACGUCACUGAUAUUAAUGAGAUUUGUUUUUGUUUUAAUGCUAAUUGAUUGCCUAUUUACAAAUAACUAAAUGUGAUAUGAUAAAUAAAAUUUUUAAUCACUGUUCCCGGUGCCAUCGUUCAGCUAGCGAGUAUGGGGAUAUUAAGCUUAGUACUAUUGAGUUUAGCACUUUUGACGACUGCCAAGGCAUACAAAAAUCCAUACUAUGCUGACGGCCACUCGGUGAACGUGCAUCUCUUUGAAUGGAAGUGGGAUGAUAUUGCUGCCGAAUGUGAAAGAUUUUUGGGACCUAAAGGCUAUGGAGGGAUACAGAUUUCGCCCCCAAAUGAAAAUGUCGUAUUGUGGUCAUACAACCGUCCUUGGUGGGAACGCUAUCAGUCGAUGUCGUACAUAUUGGAGACCCGGUCAGGUACCGAACAACAAUUAGCUAACAUGCUUCGGCGGUGUAAUGAUGCUGGAGUCAGAAUAUACGUAGAUGCCGUGAUAAACCAUAUGACGGGUGAGCCUCCAACGAACGUAGGUACUGCGGGUAGUACUGCGAUAUUUAAUCAGUGGUAUUACCCCGCUGUGCCUUACAGGAGGGAGCACUUCAACUAUCCAGUAUGCGGCAUUUCCGACAGUGACUGGACUCAGAAUGCUGUCAACGUACGUAAUUGUGAACUUUCGGGGUUAAAAGAUUUGAACCAAGGUAAUGAACACGUAAGACAAAUGAUUGUCAAUUAUAUGAAUACACUCAUCGACAUGGGAGUUGCUGGUUUCAGGAUUGACGCAGCAAAACACAUGUGGCCAGGAGAUCUUCGUAUAAUUUACGAUCGUCUUCACAACUUGAAUACAAACCACGGGUUCCCCGCGAACGCUCGACCUUACAUCUAUCAAGAAGUUAUUGACUACGGCGGUGAAGCCAUUAGUAGAAACGAGUAUACGCCUAUAGGAGUAGUUACAGAGUUUAUAGUUGGAAGGGAGUUAAGUAGGUGCUUUAGGGGACAAAAUCAGCUCAGAUGGCUAAAUAAUUGGGGGCCGCAAUGGGGUCUUUUGGCUCACCAAGACUCUUUUACCUUCAUUGACAAUCACGACAAUGAAAGAGGUCACGGUGGCGGAGGUGGUAUCCUGACCUAUAAAGAACCCAAGGCAUAUAAAGGUGCAAUAGCAUUCCUACUCGCACAUCCGUACGGAGAACCCCAGAUUAUGAGCAGUUUCGACUUCUGGGACAGUGAAGUUGGACCCCCAAUGGACAGCAAUGGUAAUAUCAUAUCCCCCGCUAUCAAUUCGGAUGGUACGUGUGGUAACGGCUGGGUGUGCCAGCACCGUUGGCGUCAGAUCUACAACAUGGUAGGCUUCAGGAACGUAGCAGGAGAUGCAGGUUUGAACGACUGGUGGGACAAUGGGAAUAGUCAGAUCGCUUUUUGCCGAGGCAACCGCGCCUUCAUCGCUAUUAACAAUGACAGUUGGAACCUAAAUGAGAACUUGCAGACGUGUCUCCCAGCGGGUCGCUACUGCGACGUGAUAUCGGGCAACAAAGUAGGCAAUUCGUGUGAGGGCAAAACCAUCACAGUGGGCAACGAUGGCCGAGCACAGAUCACCAUCGGCCCGCAAGAGCACGAUAUAAUUCUGGCCAUACAUGUUGGAUCAGAGAGUCGCCUGUAAUCUUAUUGAAGACAAGCAAGACGAAACCGGAAAACAUGAACAACAAUAUGUUUUAUAAAAAUAAAAUAAAACGCUUUCUUCCAAUAAAAAAAUUCACCGUUUAU